GAGAGCAAUCAGUUAUUUGUAACAUUUGAAGAAAUGAAAAAGGAUUUGUCAGCUGGUGUCAAGAAAAUAGCCCAUUUCCUUGGUAAAGAUGUAACUGAUGAGGUAGCUGAGACUAUAGCAGACCGUUGUUCAUUUAGCAGUAUGAAAGUAAAAGCUGUGGCGGCACCAAAAAAAGAGAGCGGAGCUUCUGGUCCCAUAAUGUACAGGAAAGGAAUUGCUGGUGGCUGGAAGAAGACAUUCACCGUAGCACAAAGUGAAAGAUUCGACUCAUUUUUCAACGAAAAAUUUGCAAAUAUUGAUAUUAACAUUGAAUACGAAUAAUCACGGCAAUUUCGCCCACAGGGCCGCCCGCGUAUACAUGCAUACGUGUGUCAACAUUACGUAUCUACGUUGCAUUGGUUUGUCAUUGAAAUAAACAUAUUGCACCAUUCCCUA